AUGGAGAUGUUCCAGGAGGACACGUUGUCGUCGGCGACGUCGUCGCCGGCGUCGUCGCUGUACACGCCGUCGCCGCACGGGCAUGGCGGGCUCGGGUCGUUGUGGGUGCAGGAGCUGAGCCACGACCAGCAGGGCCUGCGCCUCAUCAACCUGCUGUACCAGUGCGCAGCGGAGGUGGCGGCGGGCGCCUUCGACCGCGCCAACUUCUACCUGGAGCAGAUCACGCAGCUGGCGUCCCUGGACGCGCCGCACACGCUGCAGCGGCUCGCCGCCGUCUUCGCCGACGCGCUGGCGCGAAAGCUGCUGAACCUGGUCCCCGGCCUGUCACGGGCGCUGCUGUCCACGGGGGGCAACUCCGCGGAGGCGCACCUGGUGCCCGCCGCGCGGCGGCACCUCUUCGACGUGCUGCCGUUCAUGAAGCUGGCGUACCUGACCACCAACCACGCCAUCCUGGAGGCGAUGGAGGGCGAGAGGUUCGUGCACGUCGUCGACCUCUCCGGCUCCGCCGCCAACCCGGUGCAGUGGAUCGCGCUGUUCCACGCCUUCCGCGGCCGCCGCGGGGGGCCGCCGCACCUCCGCAUCACGGCCGUGCACGACGGCAGGGAGUUUCUGGCCAACAUGGCCGCCGUGCUCGCCAAGGAGGCCGAGGCGUUCGACAUCCCGUUCCAGUUCAGCGCCGUGGAAGCCAGGUUGGAGGAGCUGGACAUCGACGCGCUCCGGCACGUCCUCCGCGUCAGGUCCGGCGAGGCGCUGGCCGUCAGCGUGGUGGGGCAGCUGCACCGCCUCCUGGCGGCCGACGACGCCGGCGGCGGCAGGAGCAGCCGGCACGUCCCCGGCAGCAGCUGCCUGACCCCGGUGCAGAUCAUCGCGCGGUCCAGCCCCAGCAGCUUCGGCGAGCUGCUGGAGCGGGAGAUCAACACACGGCUGCAGCUGAGCCCGGACUCGUCAGCGGUGCUCUCCAUGUCGCCGCAGUCGUCGUCGCUGUCGCCGGCGAACCAGCAGCAGCAGCAGAGGGAAAAGGCGAAGCUGGGGAGCUUCCUGCGUGCGGUGCGGGCGCUGUCGCCGAAGAUCAUGGUGGUGGCGGAGCCGGAGGCGAACCACAACGCGGCGACGUUCCUGGAGCGGUUCGAGGAGGCGCUCAACUACUACGCGUCGCUGUUCGACUGCCUGGAGCGCGCGUCGGUGGCGCAGGCGCACCGGUGCGCGGGGGAGCGGGCGCGCGCCGAGCGGCUGGUGCUCGGGGAGGAGAUCCGUGGCGUGGUGGCGCGGGAGGGCGCGGAGCGGAAGGAGCGGCACGAGCGGCUGGCGCAGUGGGCGCGCCGGAUGGAGGCCGCCGGGAUGGAGCGCGUCGGCCUCAGCUACGCCGGCAUGAUGGAGGCGAGGAAGCUGCUGCAGAGCUGCGGGUGGGGCGGCGGGGACUACGCGUACCAGGUGGUCCACGACGCCCGGGGCGAGGCCUUCUUCUUCUGCUGGCACCGCAAGCCGCUCUACUCCGUCUCCGCCUGGAGGCCGGCGGCGCCGUCGUGCCGGCACACCUAG